AUGCGUAUAAUCCUGAUUUUGCUGCUCCAAUUUUGUGGGCUGAACGCAAACUCAGCCGAAGAUCAGCCACAAUUGGGCUACAUCCCUCUGGAUGGAGCCCGUGAGCUGUCGGCCCAAUGUCAGCGGAAUGCCGUCUGCGACAUGUCGCUAAAGCGCUGCGUAUGCAAGGAACACUUUGAGCAGCACCAGGGCAACUGCCUGGCGCUUCUGGAUUUGAGCUGCAGCAACAAUAAGCAAUGCCCCGGCACUUCAAUUUGCCUGCCACAGGCUAUGAAGUGCGCCUGUAUUCUGGAUUAUGUGCCCAAUCACAAUAUGACCUCCUGCUUGACGGACACCUUUCCCGAGCCGCUUGUGCCAUAUGGCGCUAACUGCAGCCGUACGGAGGACUGCCAGUGGAAUCAGCUGGAUGUGGAGGGCCGGGUGCAAGACUCUCGUGCCACAUGCGCAGCUAAUCCGCUAUAUAAACCACUCACGCAACUAGUGCUAAUUAUUUGCCUUUAUUUUAUAUACUAGCGGGUCUUGGCCCUUUUCCGUUGAAUGUUUUGGGCUUAAAAUUUUAGAUAUUACC